AUGACCGACUCGUCCGCCUUUGUCCAGGCUCAGCAGCGCGUUGCAGCGCGUCGACAGGCCCGCGAGGACCAGGCAGCCGCACGCAUCGCCGCCCAGCGGGAGUCAUCACGUGUGAGCGCCGCGCUGCAGCGUGUUCCCCUCCCGGGCUUCCUGUCCGGGUCGCUGGCGCCGCUGUGGGACGCCGUGUCGUCGCGGGAGGGGACACGCCCGGCUUUUCGGGUGGGACAGGCCGACGCCGAGCUGCUGGACGCCGAGCUGCUGGAGCUGCUAAAGUCCCAGGUUGGCGACGGCCUCCGCCACUUUGCCGGGGGCCACCUCCAGGACGACUGGUCGGCAGAGAUCAUGCUGGCCCUGCGUGCGGCCCUGUUCAAGCUCACGGUUUGGGACCACGAUGCCACGUAUGGUGCUGCCCUGCAGAACCUGCGAUAUACGGAUGCGCGGAGCAGCCGUAGCUCAGAUCCGGGCGUCCUCGUCCCGCCGUCGAGAUGGCAAAAGGGCCUUCACGGGCUCGUCACAGUCGCCGGAAGAUACGUCUGGACGCGUUGGGAGGACUGGCUUGUCGACCACGAGGACGAUGCCGGCCAAGGCCCCUCCCCUCGUGUGCGCCGUCUCGCCCGCAUCACGUCGGCUCUGUCGACGGCUCACGCUGCCGCCGCGGCCGUCUCCUUCCUCGUCUUUCUCCUCAACGGCCGCUACCGCACUCUCCUCGACCGCUUGCUGCGCAUGCGGCUGACCCCGCCCACAAGCCAGGUCAGCCGCGAGGUCUCGUUCGAGUACCUCAACCGCCAGCUCGUGUGGCAUGCCUUUACCGAGUUCCUCCUCUUCGUCCUUCCCCUGGUGGGGAUCAACCGCUGGCGUCGCUGGCUGUCGCGCACCUGGCGCAAGGCGAGAGAGAUUGUCAGCACGGGCCCCGCCGAUGCCGACCCCGACUCCACCAACCGAUCCGCAGAUGGCCCGUACGCCUUCCUCCCCGAGAGGACCUGCGCCAUCUGCUACCAGGAUCAGAACGACGCCGCCACCAGUGAGAACGAGGUCAUGGCCGCCGCCGCAUCUAGUGGUGUCGUCGGCUCCGCCCAGACAGACAUCACGAACCCUUACGAGACUAUUCCCUGCCGCUGCAUCUACUGCUUCGUCUGCCUCGCCACCCGCCUCGAGAGGGAGGAAGGCGAGGGAUGGACGUGUCUCCGCUGCGGAGAGCACGUCAUGCAGUGCAGACCCUGGAGCGGAGAUGUACUCGAGCCGGCCUCCAAGACCUCUGGGGCAAAGACUGUCGCCUUUUCCGAUGAAGUCGUCAGACCAGAUUCUGACGGCGACAGCGGCGAGUUGAUCAAGAGCCCACCCGAAAAGUGA